GAUCACAGCAGUCAGAGUUUAGGUGACUGUGUGAUCUUGAAUCAACCUGGAAGAUGAAUUUCACCAUUUUAUGGUUUGUUUUGCUUUUCUGUGGCUCGAUUUCGGCCCAGGAUGAUGGCACUGCUACUGAAACACAGUUAUGCCAUCCUGAUAUGUGUGACCUCAUUAAGGAGUUUGCUGCCAUGAAAGAAAAACUUGGAGCUGUAGAAACCAGGCUGGAGGACAGUGAAACCAGGCUGAAGAACAGUGAAAACCAGAUUCAGGAACUGAGGAACAAUGAAACAACCAAGGUGAUAUUCAGUGCAGCAACAGGAGGAGGAGAGAAACACAUUGGACCCUUCAACACAGACAUAACUUUAGUCUACAGAAAAGUGAUUACAAACAUUGGUAAUGCCUACAACCAAUUCACAGGUAUCUUCGUUGCCCCUGUGGCAGGUGUUUACCAAUUUUCUAUCUUCUAUCAUACUGGAGCAGGACCUAAAGCAAUGUUGAAACUCUUCAAGAACAAUCAACUCAUAGCCAUGACCCAUCAUCUCCAGCCAGAGACAAGUGGUAAUGGAGGAAACGCAGUGUUCCUGCAGCUGCAGCAAGGAGACCAGGUGUACGUGCAGUUGGCUGAAAAUACACGUAUUUGGGGAACUGACUACCAUACAACUUUCAGUGGGCUUUUGGUCACUCAGAUGUGAGAAUUGAUAGGCUGUAUAUCUACUCAUUCCUGCUUGAAGAUGAUUGCAAAAAUCCAAGAUCACUGAAAACUACUGUCUGUAUCUCAUAAUCUAUUGGGCAGGUUUUCCUGAAAUGUGCCACAGACAAUUAUGAUUUUUAUGACCAUAUGGCCUUUCUGUUGACAUCAACCUGCAAAUAAAAUGUUUUCUUCGUUUUCA